AUGGCGUCUCUGUCAUCUCUAGGUCUGAACCUCCGCCUGGCCGAUAUCGAUGAGAAUCUCAAAUCUCACCCAGCGGCUCUAUCAUGGCCUAAUAGUAGCUUCGUAUCGAAUGGGCCGCCAAUGAGCCAUGACUUUAUCGAUGAUGCGCCGUGUUUCGCUUACACGGAAGUGUUUGAAAGCGGGGAAGUAUUCCAAGCAGUUUCGCCUGGCUCAGGGGUCUAUCUGCCUCUCUACUCCUCUCCGACAUCUCAGCCAGCGUUCACCGUCUCCAAGAGCCGCCUUUCCAAAACCAUAGAGAUUGAAUACCAGAGCUUAACACUACUACAAUCACUCGCUAUUGCUAUGCCCUCUCCUUUCGACCUACCCGAUCUGUUGAAGAACUACGCAAUUCUCAAGGCUUACUUACACCACCUGGAAAAUGUAUCGCCAUCGCACCCUACAACAGUCGAGCUUCGUCUACUCGUCCGCGACCUACUCCUAGAUAGAGCACUAUUCGCUGGAAUCGGCACUGAAGUGUACCGAUCGAGUGGCAUACUAUCUAUCGGUCAGCUUCACGACAUGCACCAACGAAGCAUAGAUGCCGGUUUGGACGACCUCGACGCCUGUUUCGCUCUAGGUCUCCUCCCAGAUGUUCUGGAUGACGCGUUCCUCGAAGCCUUAGCAUCCAAGUUUACCGAGCUUGCCCUUGCUGGUGAUCUCACUGCCUUACACGAUCUAUGCGAACCUGUUGUCCGCACUGGUGAAGUCGAGUGGGAGACAAAUCCUGACUUGCUCCUUGAAUUGCUCGACAGAGGUCGACUGGACAUCUAUCGCUAUGUUUUAGACCUGGCGUCGCGAACAAGAGACAAAUCCACAAGCCAGCCCGGGCCGUUCCUGCGAGACAUAACCAACGACCCCCUUCACGUCGCCAUACGGCUUGGCCACAUUGCGCAAGCAGAGAACCUUCUACAGCAAGGGGUCACCUUUCUAGGUGUUUACGCUGACGACGAGGUGGGCGGCGGCACAGACCCUGUAGUCUUGACACCCUUUUCGGCGGCAGUCUACUGGGGGCAGGCCGAAAUUGUUCGCGCGAUACUGCUGCGAACACCCCUACCCGAGGGGCUACGAGAGGCAAUCGCCAUCGCGGUCUCUGAUGAGAAUACACAGAUUAUGGAAAUUAUGCUGGCGUUUGGCUUCAUGGACGUUCCACAGUCGACAGCUCCGGAUGACACGUUUGACUGUUUUGCAGGCUUGAGCAUUAUGGAGGCAACUCCCACCGCCGCAUUGCCUCGUGUAUCGUCCGGCCUGAACUGUACUGGAAUUCAGCCGAACGGUAUUCCAAGCCUGACCAGUAGCCAUCAUACCAAUCAUACCAGCGUGCCAGGUAGCCGCCGCCACGAUCGAGAGGCCGAUGCCCCCAAAGAACGAGUCCGACGGAGAUGCUCUCGCCACCGCCGGCGACUCUUGGGGCAGAGCCUGGUCUCUUCUAUGGAGAUACUGUGCUCUCAGUUCCAUGGGGCUUGUGACUGCUCGGACCAUGAAGAACUUCGCGACUUAGCUGGGGACUACGUCCAUUCUAAUACAGUUUGGGAUCGUGGCCUUGGUGUGUUCCGUGGCCUGAUGCAGGAUAGUCCGCCAUCGUCGCUCGUGGAAGUUUUCGACGCACUGCUGGUGGCCAAUGCCACAUAUUUAACGUUGCUUUCAAGUGACGAUUCCCUAUCUCUACAGUUUGUUGACGACCUUGACCGGUGGCGCUCCAUUCUACCAGCAUCAUCGCAGCUCCUAUUCGAUGAGCUCGCAUUCCGCAUGUGGGCAUACACGCCGUCAAGUCACAGACCAUCACAACUUGACCCAGAACACCUGCCGCAUUUCCACGACUUGGCUCAAAACCUCAUCUCACUCGAGAAGCGCAAAGAGACCAUACCGUCAAGGAUUUCAUCGCCUGGAAUUAGGCUUGCAGCUAUACAAAGGGCAUUCGAUGACCAAGAAACACAUGUAGGAGUCAGUAGUAUUCAGGCCCAGACGAUACCGGGCCGAUCACAACCGGGGCAAGCCUCCUAUGCCGGCUCAUCGACCCAACGCGAUGAUCUGGUGUGGGCGGAUUUUCUACAUAUGGAACGCUUUGAGGAAACUACUGUCAGACAGCCGGCUCCUUCGUCAUCAUUUGAUGGAGGCUGGGAAGACGUUCUCUCAUCGACCACGAUGCUGCUCCUCUUCUCGGUGGCUUUCUCCAUCGUGCUUGCGCUGAUCGUGGGCUUGCACUCUGGAUCGGCAAAUGCCUUCACCGAGACCUUCACUACUACGUCUCCGGGAUAUCUUCGUUGCUGUGCUCUACUAGCAGAGUACCUUGGAAUGCAUGGCAUCUCGGUUCAUUCCAGCCAAGCUACUGGCCAGCUUUCUGCCCCACCAUUCACAGUACAAUCGCCAGCCCAUGGCUCAGACGCAUGUAUCACGCCGUCGAGCAGCUUCUCGUCGCUCAGCACACUUGAACUCCGCCGGAACGUAUCGUCAUCGAGCAUAAGCAGCAUCGGCAGCGCCGCAGGUUCGACGACAUCUCGCUCGACGCCGCGCGACCACCGAAACCGAGGCGAUAGACUCCAGUGUCUCACACCGCAAUGCACCAAGACGUUCUCAAGUGUGAGCAACCGCAACAAGCACCUUCGCGAGGGGUGCUCGUUUAAUCGCGAGAAGAGACAGAGGUACCCGUGCAGGAACGAAUGUUGCACCAGGGUCUUAACGACGAAGUGGUAUCGAGAUACGCAUGAGAAGGAGAGAUGUCGCUUUCGGAGAGGCGACUGA